UCAUCACCUCCAUUCAUAUUACCUCCAAUCUGUAGGCAAUUCUGAUUACCACGUGUCGGGGAUACACUCUAUUGGUGAUAGUCGCCCGCCAUGGCUGCAACUCAGGUCCUCGGCGUUGCCCUCCUCAUCGGGCUCCUGCUUCCUUCGGCUCUCGCCGGCAACGCCAACGGCGCCGCGACAUCCUCCCAAUCGAGCUACACCACCGACACCAGCGGCAACAUCGUCCUGUCCCCCGCGGGCAACAACAACAACAACGGCAACGGGCAGGGCACGUCAGCAGCCGUCAUCGACUGGUACAACGACCAGGAGUACCCCACGUGUCCGCUGAAGGCGUGCCCCCCUUUUAAGCACUUUUGCUCGGGCGGCAAGUGCAAUGAUACCGCCGGCAUCCUCGGCCGUUGGAGGCUUCCCGAGCAGUCCGCCAAUGUGUGCCCGCCGGGCCGCGCGAACCCGAAGCCCAACAACGAGUGGUGCGUGGCAGACCUCUCGCCGUCGCAGUGCUGCCAGGCGUGCUCCGACAGCAAGGAGCCGUGCGCCAUGUGGCAGCAUUACAUUGGCACGGUCAACCCCUCGGGCAAGUGCCUGAAGUGCGGUAUCUGCUGGCUCUACCCGCCGGGCACGGCGCCGCGCUGCGAGACUCAGCUGGACAACAACAACGGCUACCGCAUCAAGUACAACUGCUCGCGCGUCGGCGGCAGCUGCCCCUACACCAAGAACGACCCGCACUUCCAGGGCGCGCAGGGCACGCGCUUCGAGUUCAACGGCGCUCCGGAGAAGACCUUCUGCCUGCUCACGGACCGCAACAUCCACGUCAACAUGCUGAUGCGCGGGUACUACGACUCGCGCACCGUCGGCGCGACGGUGCUGCGCAACGGCAAGGCCGUGCGCACGUGGAUCCGCGCGCUCGGGUUCGUGUGGCGCGCGGCGGCCGGGGAGGCGGAGCACAAGUUCCGCCUGGUGGCGCGCGCGGGGAAGCAGCAGGAGCGCGGGGACGGAUUCCUGUCGCUGGCGGAGAUGGACGGGGAGGCGCUUCCGCGCAUGACCAAGGAAGGGGAGGCUCUCUCACUCCCCGGCGGCCUCACAUUCGCGUUCGUCGGGAUUGAAACGGGCGGGGCGUUCGUGAAGGACGUGUACCGCGUGACUAUAGCGGGGCUGGUGGACAUGGAAAUCAAGCUGCGCGUGGCGCACCCUCUGUUGCAAGCACCUGACGACGCCGAGACGCACAUCAACGUGGCCUUCGACGGCGUGGAAGCUUCCGAGCAGGUGCACGGGAUCAUGGGGCAGACGUACCGCGAGGGCCGCGAGAAGCGCGCGAUGGAUUACAACACGCUCGCGCAUGCGCUCGGGCGGCCCCUGGCGGCGGACGCGGCGGAGGGCGCUGGGUUCCUGGACGGGAAGACUGCGGACUAUGAGUCUACGUCCGUGCUCGCUGCGGAUUGCCGCUUCUCCUCUUUCCACGGCAAGGCGCUCCCCCUGGCGCAGUAACUCUCAGUGGUGCUCAGUGACGUAUCGGCGGGAGGGGAGCUGGGUUCCUGGGUUUGUCCUGCGCAUACCGAAAGACCCGUCCCCUUGCUCAAUAACGCGCUCACCUUGUAUCGAAGGAGUUUUCUCGUUGAGCUGUAUUGUAUCGGUGGGCUGGGCUGUAUUGUAAGAUCGUUUUUUAGUCGUUCCCCGUGGACUGGCCAGUUUGAAGUACGAAAUAAGUUAGGACCUCCACCUUCCUGCUCUUCUAGUGGGCUGUUUUUUUCCCCUUAAAACCGUU